AUGUUCCCGUCUCCGUGCAUUGCGCUAAGCAGCACCACCUCAUUGUUCGCCGCAAAUUUAGCAACCUUAUCUACUCCACCUUCCAGCACCUCAAGCCACCGUACUGCCAGGCACCAUGGCCCUCAAAUCUCCGCGUCUGCUGCUCCUUCUGCGUCCGGACUUGUUGCGGAGAGCUCCACUGUCGCGGCCCUAGAAGGGAGCCUAACCCUGCAGAGUCCGUGCUUUGAAGCCCGUCUGAACGUCGGCGACACCGCGACUGGCAGGCUGAAUGGUGGUGAUGACACGUCAGACUCGGACAGUUCAGGGAUCGUGAUCUCGUCGUCGGAGUACAACAUGCGGAUGAAACGAGCCAUGGCUAACCCUUACGAGUAUCACCACCACCUUGGCAUGUACUACACGCGGAUCGCGCAGCACCUGCUGGUGGGCUCUCAGCCGCAGAGCCCGGACGACAUAGAGCGGCUGCAGCGCGAGGAGGAGGUGGCGGUGGUGCUGAACCUGCAGCAGGACCACGACAUCGCGUACUGGGGCGUUGACAUCCACCGCAUCACGCACCACUGCCGCCAGCUGGGGCUCCGGCACUACCGCCGACCCGCAGUGGACUUCGACCCUCACUCGCUGAGGCAUCAGCUGCCGGGCAUGGUGGCGGUAAUAGAGCGGCAUGUGUCAAGGGGACGGACUGUGCUCGUGCACUGCACUGCCGGCCUUGGCCGUGCGCCUGCUGCUGCCAUCGCCUUCCUCUUCUGGUUCCGUGACAUGGACCUGAGGACAGCAUACGAGAUGGUUACCACCAAGCGGCCGUGCGGCCCGAGGUGGGAGGCGAUACGGGGCGCCACAUACGACCUGGCAGACAGCCGCCCACAGCACUGCCGCCCACCACUGGAGCAUCUGCCCUCACAUGCCUUCUCUGAUGUGUCCCAGGAGGAGAGGAGGACGAUCCAGGAACGAGUGAGAGGGAUGUACCAUGGCCAUGGGUGA